AUGAUGUCCAGGAGCAGUUACCAAAUUGACCUACUGAACCUCAUUGGGUCAGCUAACUGGGUGUACCCAGAUGGCAUCCGCCACAUUCGAGCAGACAAGCGUGUGAAUGAGUGGAAGACUCCUGGCAAAAAAACCAUCGUCCGCUGCGCUGUGAACCAGCGACAGGUUGUUAUUGCGCUGACUGGAGGGGAGCUGGUCUACUUUGAGAUGGACCCGUCUGGCCAGCUGAAUGAGUACACAGAGCGCAAGGAGAUGUCUGCUGAUGUGGUUUGUAUGAGCCUGGCUAACGUUCCACCUGGUGAGCAGCGCUCGAGAUUCUUGGCCGUGGGACUGGUUGACAACACUGUCCGAAUCAUCUCCCUGGACCCUACGGACUGCCUACAGCCGCUGAGCAUGCAGGCUCUUCCAGCCCAGCCAGAGAGUCUUUGUAUUGUUGAGAUGGGAGGAGUCGAGAAACAGGAUGAACUUGGAGAGAAGGGAACCAUCGGCUUCCUCUACCUCAACAUAGGGUUACAGAACGGUGUGCUGCUUAGGACUGUGCUGGACCAAGUAUCAGGGGACCUGUCAGAUACCAGAACACGCUACCUGGGGUCACGACCUGUCAAACUCUUCAGAGUCAGGAUGCAGGGACAGGAAGCUGUGUUGGCAAUGUCCAGUCGCUCCUGGCUCAGCUACUCGUACCAGUCUCGCUUCCAUCUGACGCCCCUGUCAUAUGAGACUCUGGAGUACGCCUCUGGCUUUGCCUCAGAGCAAUGCCCUGAAGGCAUAGUGGCCAUUUCUACCAACACACUGAGAAUCUUGGCUUUGGAGAAAUUAGGAGCCGUCUUCAACCAGGUGGCCUUUCCUCUGCAGUACACUCCCAGGAAAUUUGUAAUCCACCCGGAGACCAACAACCUCAUCGUGAUCGAGACUGACCACAAUGCCUACACUGAAGCAACCAAAGCUCAACGAAAGCAACAAAUGGCUGAGGAGAUGGUGGAGGCUGCUGGCGAGGAUGAACGAGAACUGGCUGCUGAGAUGGCUGCUGCCUUCCUCAACGAGAAUCUCUCUGAAGCCAUUUUUGGUUCACCUAAAGCUGGAGCAGGACAGUGGGCCUCGCUGGUGCGUCUCGUCAACCCCAUACAGGGUUCAACACUGGACCAGGUGCAGCUGGAACAGAACGAAGCUGCAUUCAGUGUUGCAGUGUGUCGUUUCCCCAACACUGGAGAUGAUUGGUAUGUUCUUGUGGGUGUCGCCAGAGACAUGAUUCUCAACCCCAGAUCAGUGAGUGGUGGCUUUAUCUACACCUAUCGUCUAACCAGUGGAGGGGAGAAGCUGGAGUUUGUGCACAAGACACCUGUAGAGGAUGUGCCUUUGGCCAUUGCUCCAUUCCAGGGACGAGUCCUGGUGGGAGUUGGGAAACUGCUGAGAAUCUACGACCUGGGCAAAAAAAAGCUGCUUCGCAAGUGUGAAAACAAGCACGUUCCCAACCUGGUGACUGGCAUCCAUACCAUCGGCCAGCGUGUGAUCGUGACUGACGUUCAAGAGAGCCUGUUCUGGGUUCGUUACAGACGCAACGAGAACCAGCUCAUCAUCUUUGCUGAUGACACACACCCCCGCUGGGUGACCACAGCUUGUCUGCUCGACUACGACACCAUGGCCUCUGCUGACAAGUUUGGGAACAUCAGCAUUGUGCGUCUUCCCCCCAACACCAGCGAUGAUGUGGAUGAAGACCCAACAGGGAACAAAGCGUUAUGGGACAGAGGCCUCCUUAAUGGAGCAUCACAGAAGGCUGAGGUGGUAGUGAACUACCAUGUAGGUGAGACGGUGUUGUCUCUCCAGAAAACCACUCUGAUCCCUGGAGGUUCAGAGUCUCUGGUCUACACCACUCUGUCUGGAGGCAUCGGCAUCCUGGUCCCAUUCACCUCGCAUGAGGACCACGACUUCUUCCAGCAUUUAGAGAUGCAUAUGCGCUCUGAGUUCCCUCCACUGUGCGGCAGAGACCAUCUCAGCUUUAGAUCCUACUACUUCCCAGUCAAGAAUGUGAUAGACGGAGAUCUGUGUGAGCAGUUCAACAGUAUGGACCCUCACAAGCAGAAAAGUGUGGCAGAAGAGCUGGAUAGAACCCCACCCGAGGUCUCAAAGAAACUGGAGGACAUUCGCACGCGCUAUGCCUUCUAAUUGUACAUCUUCAUACAGCUGGGGUGGACAGACACACACUCACUAGAACCAUCACACACACAAAUCCUGCUGUGCCCCUUUCAGGACACAGACUGACGGACACUUGUAGAUUGUUAUACGGUGAACAUACCACAAGAUAUCACAUCCUUGUAAUUUCCGUACAUUGUUCAAUUAUGAUGCAACUCAUCCUUGCCAACACAUGCCUGUAUUCGAAGUGCAUAAACAAUCACCCACAUAGCUGUGUGAACAGUAUUGCCAUCAUCCCCCCACAUACAUACAUACUGACUCAGUUACUGUUUUUCACACCUCCCCGGUGCUUUUGUCAGCAGAAACAUCACACAUACAGCGACACAGACAGUUUCACGGAAACAUGACAGGAGGCCUCAGCCAGCAGCUUUCUAACAUUGCAAGAUUGUGUUGCCACAUUGAACUCCUUUUACCCGUACAUCUGUGUGAACCACAUUCUCACACACAGCGGUAAUGAGCGUCAUUCAAACACACACACACAGCUGUGUGAACAGAAUUUCCAUGCUCCCGAUUACGUGAAGAGCAACCGCAUCGUCAUCUGCACCCUCAGAGUACGUACAUACAUACUGGACCAAAUCAUAUGUCAUCUGUGAGCAAGUGAAUGCAUUUGAUUCAAAGGCUUAUGAUCUCGGGCCAAGCAGAAAAGUCUAGUUAUGGACACAAUGUGUAGAGAUGACUGUUGCCUGGACAGAAGACCCCUAAAGCUGAAAAUAUUUUUAGUGUCCGUUAUUUAGCAAGACGGUGUUUUUGUGUCUAUCUUUGAUCUCAGAAAAAUGAAACAUGUUUUUGUAUGGUGUGGUUAUUUUAAUGUGUAUUAAUUAGGAUAAUCUGGUAUGAUGCAAAUACCACAUUCCCAGAUGGUGGUAUUAAAACUUUGUUAGCCCCUCGCCCUACCUGUCUGUCUGAUAACAUGUUGGCCCCAGGCUCAUUAAAGCAUAUUGCUUACUCGCAACUGGGAACCAAACAGAAGCCGAACCGCUGACCCAGUCUGAGCCUCAGGCCCCACGGCUCAACACUUGUUGUUGCUAUACUGUGGCACUGAGCAACGGCUGAACUCUAAAGACUAAAUAAGUGGGUGGAAGAACACUGAAGUUUGCACUGGGUGGUGUUCUUCUCAGUCCUGUAAAUCCCCAACCUUAGCCACAGGCAGACAUAGCAUUCCUCAGUAGUCACUGAAUUUAGGGGUUUGUGGGAUGGGGGCAGUGGUCUGUUUUUGUAAAUAAAGUUGUUGUUUUUUGUGCUUUAUAAAACCAUGUUUGUGUGUCAUUUCCUGCCACUGUGUGCGGAGAGUUGUCACUUAGUCCAAAGGAUUCAUGACUGCAUUUGUCUCAUUCAUUAACACAUCAGAGGUCUAAUAUUAAGUUUUGUGAUCUUGUUUUCACACGUCAUGGCUCUGGAUGUGAACAAUAUUUGUGCUGUUUUUCAAUUAAAAGAUAAAUUGCUUAAUA